UGACCGGCAAAGGAGCUCGGAUUUAGGCCAGGACAAAGCAGCGAAGCAGCAGAGGCCAUCUCUCCCUCUCUCCAUCUCUCUGUCCAAUCGGACGGAUAGCUGUCGCGUCCGGGACUGGGCCGGGGGCGCCUAGCAGAACCAGUACCUCCGCCGGAGAAACUGGAGGGAGGGAGAGGGACGGCGACGGCGAGGUUUCCCGGAGCAGGCAGGGAGGAGCACUCCAAAAAUCUCAAGUACUACGAGCCAUGGAUGAUCCUGCUGCUCAAGCUCAGCCUCCUGUCGUGGAGGAUCCUGCCGCUCAGCCUCCUGUAGUGGCUGCUCAGCCUCCUGUCGUGGAGGAUCCUGCUGCUCAGGCUGAGGAUGUCACGCCGUUGGUUAAUUGGGUCCCAGUGUUUCAACGAAGCAAAGCAUCUGUCUUCCUCACCCAGUUUACACCAGUAAGAGGUCAGGCCAUUAACGCCCGGGUUAUCGCUAAAGAUGCCGGCUCCAAGACUGCAGAACAGCUCGACGCAAUUUUCGCAUCACCGUGGUUUACAGAAACGGGAGUUUCGUCGCACAUGGACGGCGACUAUCUCUACAUACUGACCACCGCACACAUUGUGGACCAUCUGUUCCAUGCGGUCAACAGGCCAAUUGAUCCAGCCACGGUGAACCAGCUCUUUACAAUCGAGGUCACAUGUUUCCAUGCCGAGAGAGACUUCACAGUUAAUAGGAACAUGGGUGGCGAUCGCACCUACACGGCGGCGACGGUCUGCGGGAUUGACUGUCUCAGAGAUCUCAUGAUGCUGCGUGUUGGUCGGACAGAGCUGGCCGUGAGGGGCGUCGGGCAGCAGAGGGUGCAAUGCACACGGCAGCACCCGGUUCUGCAGUUUGAUGGAGCACGCGAGCUUGGCAUGCAGUGCAUGCUUGUUUCGUGGCCUCCGUUCCGUCCGUGCACGUUUGCCACGGGCCUUCAGUGCCUCCACCGGGUUUUGACUGGCAUGAGCACCAACCCAGUUGGGUAUGAUAUGGAGCUGCUCGAGGCUUACAUUGGAUCCGAUCACGGGUCCUCGGGAGGCCCUCUCUUCAACGCCGCUGGCUGGGUCAAGGGUAUUCUGCAUGGAGGGAGUGGGGCGCACUCUCAGUUCAUCUUGCCUAGAGACAUUCUACCUUUCAUCCAGAACAAUGCAGUUCCCCCUCAGCCACCGUCAACGUCAUCUUCACCUCCCCGGGGUCCCAGAGGAGGAGGAGGAGGAGGAGGUCCCAAGCGCGGUCCUAACAAAGAUGACAAGUCGGGUCCCUCAGAUCCUCCAAAGCGCCGUCGGAGUGUCCGUGACAAGGGCAAGGCCACCGCUGCAUGGGGAUCCGGCCGGUGGAGGUACACGCUCAGAUCCCACGGCAAGGGCAUGGCCGUUGGUGCAGGUGGAUCCGGCCAGAAGUAUCUGCUUAGACCCCGCUCAUGA